GUGUCGCGCGUGGGCCGGGGACUCGUCUCUCCUUCCUCCUCCACCACCACCACCACCACCACCACCACCACGGGACCGGACACCAGAGACCAAUAGAAAAAUCCUUCCUUUCCUUCUACCAAUCAAUCGAUCGCGUGGCGGAGAAGAAGAGACCAAGGAAGGAACGAACCACAAGCUAUCUCCGGUCGCCUGCUUCCUUCCCCAAUCCACCCACCGCCUCCCUCGCCGCCGGGAACCCACGAGCGGAAUCGGAAUCGGAAUCAGCAGCGACACGGCGGAGGGGUUGGGGCGGAGGAAGGAUUUGCCCGGCGGCUCAGGGAUCUCGUCGUUUGGCUCUCCCUCCUCCUUCUUGAUUGAUCGACCGGUAGGUGGGCGAUUCGGGCGGAUCCAGCGGCAGCCAUGAUGAUGGUGGACACGGUCAGCGCCAGCACCUCCUUCAUCGCCCACCACCCCUUCGACCACCACCGGCCGAAGGGGAUCCACGCGCGCAGGACGCUCCAUGUCGUCAGCUGCCGCCACCUGGGCACUGCCUUCGCCGGCCGCCGCCUCGUGGCACGGGUGGUGCCCACGAGGCAGCCCGCGAGGCGGCUUGCCGACUGGCCGGCCAGGGCCCUGGCCGCGGUCGGGUUCACCAAGGAGGCCGUCCCGCGGAAGGAGUUCCGGGGGAUCCCGGGAGAGGGCGACACCGGCGGCCUGGGGACCGAUGAUGCUCCCCCAGCGGCAACGCCGUCGUGGCCGCCACGGAACAGGGCCGACGACCCCAGCCUGCACAACCCCCUGAUGCGUCUCGAGCGCAUGGGCUGUGGUUGGGUCGGCGUCAUCUUCGAGUGGGAGGGCGUGGUUGUGGAGGACGACACGCGGCUGGAGCGGCAGGCGUGGCUGACCCUGGCCGAGGAGGAGGGCAAGUCGCCGCCGCCAGCAUUCGUCCUUCGGCGGGUCGAGGGGAUGAAAGCCGAGCAUGCCGUCUCCGAGGUUCUCUGCUGGUCCCGGGACCCCUCGGAGCUCCGCCGCCUGGCGGCACGCAAGGAGGAGAUCCACGGCGGGCUCCGCGGCGCGGCCAGCCAGAUGCGGGACGGGUCGAGGGAGUUCAUGAGCACGCUCGUCAACUACAAGAUCCCCCUCGCCGUCGCCUCCACGCGGCCCCGCAAGGCCGUCGAGGCGGCCAUCGAGGCCGUCGGCGCCCGGGGCUUCUUCGACGCCGUCGUGGCCGCCGAGGACGUGUACCGGGGCAAGCCCGACCCCGAGCUGUUCCUCUAUGCCGCGCAGCUGCUUGGCUUCAUCCCCGAGCGCUGCGUCGUGUUUGGCAACUCCAACUCGGCCGUGGAGGCCGCGCACGACGCCCGCAUGAAGUGCGUGGCCGUCGCGAGCAAGCACCCCGCCUACGAGCUCAGCGCCGCCGACCUCGUGGUGAAGCGGCUCGACGAGCUAUCCGUUGUUGAUCUCAAGAACCUCGCCGACAUCGACUCCCCCGAGUUUGGCAUGGAGCCCGAGCCCGAGAUGGAGGAGGAGGAGGACGAUGCGCCACCGUCAACCGCCGUGGGCGUCGACGAUAUAUUCUUGUAGGAGACUCAGGAGCCGCCGGUAUGUAUGUACAUUUGAUUUGGGUUAGCCCUUCUCCUGUUGCACAUGUGUAUGAUGGAUGGAUAAUUUGUUAUAGCGAUCAGGGAGGAAGGAAGGGCUAUUAUCUAUCCUUCUAAUCCGUGUUAGGUUGUGUUAUGUACAUGGAAAUGUAUCUUUAGAACUCACACAAACUGUAUAUAUACUUGGAAAAGGAAAAAAAAAAGAGGGAACUCGAUACUAGUA